AACCACCACCACCACCACCACCACCACCACCACCACUAAACAUGGAUACGGAUGCAACGAACCCUUCUCUUCUAUUCCUCUUCCUCCUCCUCCUCCUCCUCGGCCGAGGGUUAUCAUUAGUCGCGGCAAAAUCUUAUCAGAACCUGACCGUGGGCUCCAGUCUCAGCUCGUCGGGGCCCAACUCCUCCAUCUUCUCUCCAUCCGGUGACUUUGCAUUCGGCUUCUGGCCCCUUGACGCCAACUCCUCCCUCUUCCUUCUCGCCGUGUGGUUCAACGCCACCUCACCGCAAGUCGUCGUUUGGUUCGCCACCAACAACACCGAUCCGGUGCAGGUGCCCGCAAAAUCGACCCUCCAACUCACCCAGGCCAGCCAGCUCUCACUUUUCGACUCGAACGGUCAGGAAGUCUGGAGCCCAGACGCAGCUAAUGCGACCGGCGUAAGUCUCCUCGACUCUGGGAACCUCGUUCUCUAUGAUAGCAGCGGAGCCUUUCCGUGGCAAAGCUUUCAAAAUCCAACCGACACGAUCCUCCCAGGUCAGUCCUUGGCCGAGAACUCAGAACUCCGAUCCAAAAUGAGCGACUCGGACUUCUCCCCAGGUCGGUUCGAGCUAGCAGUCCAAGGAGAUGGCAAUUUGGUCUUUUACCCGGUCGCCGUCCCCACCGGCCACAAAUACCAUGCAUAUUGGGCCUCCGGUACUCAAUAUGCCAAAAUGUUACAGCUCGUUUUCAACUCAUCCGGCUCGCUCUAUUAUCAGGUCGAAAACAACAACCAGACCGCACUCACCUCAGCUGCUGUAUACUCCCCUACCGACUUCUACCAACAUGCCACGCUAGAUCCAGACGGUGCAUUACGCCUUUAUAUCUACCCCAAAAACAACAACAAUACCAAGUCGACCGACAAGUGGAACGCCGUCGGAAUGUUGCCUGCCAACCUCUGCCAAACAAUCCAGGCGGACAGCGACGGCGGCGCCGCCGCCUGCGGGUUUAAUGCGUACUGCAGCCUCGACGAUGAUCAAUCAAAGCAGCUCAAAUGUGAGUGCGCGUUAGGAUGCAAGUUCGUCGAUACAAAUCGUACGUACUUAGGCUGCAUACCAGACUUUGCCGUGCAGAGCUGCGAACAGUACCAGAGAAGUCAAUACUUGUUCCUUGAGAUGCCAAACACGGAUUGGCCGGGGGACAGCUAUGAGCACUACACACCAACCGAUGAAGACAUGUGUCGAGCAUCAUGCCUAGCCGACUGCUUGUGCAGUGUGGCCGUCUUUCGGAUGCCGGACUGUUGGAAGAUGAAGAUGCCUUUAACCAAUGGUCAGCAAGGGAUGAGUGUAGGGGGGAAGGCUCUUAUCAAAAUGCCCAAAACCGAUGCUUCCUUGCCUAACCAGGGCCCGCAGAAUCCGAUAACUAUAGUGAAGAAGGAUCGGAACACACUAAUCCUCGUCAUCUCCGCCCUCUUGGGUAGCUCCGGAUUCCUCAACGUGCUCUUCAUAAUCGCCGCGGCUAUCGUUUCCUUCUCCUUUUGCAAUCGCACGAAAAAUAAGAAGAAUCAAAUAGCGCAGACCAUGUUGCGGUCGAACCUAAGAGUCUUCACAUACAAAGAAUUGGAAGAAGCCACCGACAACUUUCGAGAAGAGCUCGGCAGCGGAGGUUUCGGCAUAGUAUACAAGGGGGCCUUAGCCGCGGAAUUCCACAUGGCCAUUGCCGUGAAGAAGCUGGAUCGGGCGGCGGCCAAGGAAUCCGAGCAAGAGUUCACGAACGAGGUGCGGUCGAUCGCACAAACCCAUCACAAAAAUUUAGUCAAGCUACUCGGAUUCUGCAACGAGGGGAACCAUCGAAUGCUGGUGUACGAGUACAUGAGCAAUGGCUCGCUAACAAGCUUUCUUUUCGGAUGCACCCGGCCUGAGUGGAACAAAAGGGCCCAGAUAGUAUUGGGGAUAGCAAGAGGUCUUUUGUACUUGCAUGAAGAGUGUACUACCCAGAUCAUUCAUUGCGACAUCAAGUCUCAGAACAUACUGCUCGGGGAUAAUUUCAUCCCCAAGAUAUCAGACUUCGGGCUCGCGAAGCUCCUUCGCGCCGACCAGACUCGAACCAACACGGCCAUCAGAGGAACCAAAGGGUACGUUGCACCCGAGUGGUUCAAGAACUCGGCGGUCACUGCGAAGGUCGAUGUCUAUAGCUUUGGUAUCUUGCUACUAGAGAUCGUAUGUUGCAGGAAGAAUGUUCAGACGGAGGCAGCAACGGAGGAGACAACAGUGCUUGCAUAUUGGGCUUACGAUUGCUUUAAGGAUGGCAGACUGGACCUCCUGGUGGACAGCGAUGAGGAGGCGAUGUUCGACAUAAGGAGAGUGGAGAGAUUUGUAAUGGUAGCUAUCUGGUGCAUUCAGGAGGAGCCAUCGCUGAGGCCGUCGAUGCGGAAAGUGGCUCAGAUGCUCGAGGGCGCGGUCGCCGUCGCCGUUCCGCCUGAUCCUUCUUCUUACAUCAGUUCAAUCGUGUAACUUCUUCGAAAAAGUACUUAACAUGUCUACAUUUCUAUGCCAUAGUUCUUGCAAUUGUAACCCAUUCAUAUAUAGAGAAAUUUCAAACGAUUCAUCCUCCUUUCA